CUCCUAGCUCAGUCUUCCACUUCGUUUCAGAAAUGGCUCUCACAGUCACCUCCACCCUCUCUUCCAGACCCCUUCUCCAACCCCACCAACCCGCCAAACCCCUCCAUCAUCACCACCUCCACCUCUCUCUCCCCGACAGGAAGAAACCCAUCUCAGCCGUUCACGCCGCUGAUCACUCAAAGUCUUCUAAGUCAACGCCCACAACUACCCCAACUCCCACCAGAUGGAGCCUCGACAGUUGGAAAUCCAAGAAGGUCUUCCAGCUCCCCGAAUACCCUGAUCAGAACGCGCUCGACUUUGUCCUCAACACCCUCGAGUCCUUCCCUCCCGUUGUCUUCGCCGGUGAGGCGAGGAGCCUGGAGGACCGCCUGGCCGAGGCCGCUCAAGGCAAGGCCUUUCUGCUUCAGGGUGGUGAUUGUGCUGAGAGCUUCAAGGAAUUCAACGCCAACAACAUUCGUGACACCUUCCGUCUUCUUCUCCAGAUGGGUGUGGUUCUCAUGUUUGGUGGACAAAUGCCUAUUAUCAAGGUGGGUAGAAUGGCGGGUCAGUUUGCAAAGCCAAGAUCAGAUCCAUUUGAGGAGAAGGAUGGAGUGAAGCUGCCAAGUUACAGAGGUGACAAUAUCAAUGGCGAUUCAUUUGAUACAGAAUCAAGAGUUCCAGACCCUGAUAGGAUGAUUAGGGCCUAUGGCCAAUCCGUCGCAACUUUGAACCUCUUAAGGGCGUUUGCUACUGGUGGGUAUGCAGCUAUGCAGAGAGUCACCCACUGGAAUCUAGAUUUCAUGGAGCAUAGUGAGCAGGGUGAUAGGUACCGUGAACUGGCUCGCCGAGUUGAUGAGGCCCUUGGAUUCAUGAGUGCUGCUGGACUCACUGCUGACCACCCAAUCAUGACCACAACAGAUUUCUGGACAUCUCAUGAAUGCUUACUUCUGCCUUAUGAGCAAGCACUUACAAGAGAGGAUUCUAUUUCUGGGCUGUACUAUGACUGUUCGGCUCACAUGCUUUGGGUGGGGGAACGCACCCGCCAACUUGAUGGUGCCCAUGUUGAGUUUCUGAGAGGAGUUGCUAAUCCUCUUGGCAUCAAGGCGAGUGACAAAAUGGAUCCGAAUGAGCUUGUUAGGCUCAUAGAUAUUCUAAAUCCUAAGAACAAACCGGGAAGAAUAGCAGUAAUUGUAAGAAUGGGAGCUGAGAACAUGAGAGUGAAGCUUCCUCAUCUGAUCAGAGCUGUCCGUGGAGCAGGUCAAAUUGUCACUUGGGUUAGUGACCCCAUGCAUGGGAAUACUAUUAAAGCUCCAUGUGGACUUAAAACCCGUUCCUUCGAUGCAAUUAGGGCUGAGGUGAGAGCAUUCUUUGAUGUUCAUGAUCAAGAAGGAAGCUACCCUGGGGGUGUUCAUCUAGAGAUGACUGGGCAGAAUGUGACAGAAUGUGUAGGAGGUUCAGUAACUGUAACAUAUAAUGAUCUGAGCUCACGGUACCACACCCAUUGUGAUCCAAGGCUGAAUGCUUCUCAAUCUCUAGAGCUUUCCUUUAUUAUUGCAGAUCGGCUACAAAGGAGAAGGAUUGGCUCUAGGAGGUUUUUGUCUGUUUCUUAGUAUAUAAACUAAGAUAAUUGUUUUGAGGUUUAGAUAAUUGUUUUGAGGUGUGUCUAUGAUCUAUGUAUAUAUAUAUAUAUAGAAAUAAAAAAGGAAGUGAAGACCUUCAACUGCAAUGGAAGGUAAUAAAUCUGAGGAACAAUAAUGGUUCUAUAUAUAUCUGCAUGUACUUGUACUAGUGCUUCUGUGAUUGAUGGACAUGUAAGGCUUGUGUUACUCUCAAAAUAUAUCUUUGGAUUUUAUGAUGUUCGAAA